AAUCGAAAGCCCACAGCGGCUCGAACAGCCCUAACCUUCAAAUCGACGAAGACGCUGGAAAAAGCGAGAAAAGGCAGCGUGACAGUUCCGAAGAGGGCAGCCCAAAGAAAAAGAGGGUUCUGAUUUCUGACAGCGAAGAUGAAGGUGCGGGAAGAAAGGAAAAGUAGAUGCCGCUGAUAUUUUCGGCGAUGACGCGGAUGAUAUCAGUCUGAGCAGUGAAGGUGAGAAGGAGGAUGAGAAAGAAAAGGAGAAGGAUACCUCUGAUAGGGAGGAUGGAAGGAGAUCGAGGUCGGAUGAUGGCAGAAGGUCUAGGUCUGAGGUUGAUGAGACUGAACAGAGACCUGCAAUUGAAGAUGAUGAAGAGAAAGAACCUGAACCUGAACCCAUUCCAGAAACUCGUAUUGACGUAGAAGUACCGAAAAUAACAUGUGACUUGGGCAGAGAUAUUCAUUUCGUGAAACUGCCUAACUUUUUAUCAGUUGAAACCAGGCCAUUCGAUCCCGAGACUUACGAGGAUGAAAUUGAUGAAGAAGAAACGCUUGAUGAAGAAGGUCGCGCCAGGUUGAAGUUGAAAGUAGAAAAUACGAUAAGAUGGAGGGAAGUUGUGGAUGAAGAAGGGAAUAUAAAAAAAGAUUCCAAUGCGAGAAUAGUAAGGUGGUCAGACGGAUCUUAUAGUUUACAUUUAGGUGCUGAAAUAUUUGAUGUCUACAAACAACCUCUACAGGGAGACCACAAUCAUCUUUUCAUCCGUCAAGGUACGGGUUUGCAAGGUCAAGCGGUAUUCAGAACAAAACUGAGUUUCAGACCACACUCGACUGAGAGUUUCACUCACAGAAAGAUGACACUGUCAUUGGCCGAUCGGUCAACGAAAACCUCUGGUAUCAAGAUUAUGUCACAAGUGGGCAUUGAUCCUGACUUGGAUAAAGCCACUAGGCUUAAGAAAGAGGAAGAAAAACUUAGACAAACCGCAGCCAAGCCGAAAACAACAAGGAAGAAGACUGAUCCUGCAACUAGGGUGCACAGCACUUAUCAAGGCAGAGAAGAGGAGGGUAGCGAAGAUGAGGGUGGUAUUUCCCUUAAUGCAAUCAAGAACCAGUACAAGAGUGGCGCUGCAGCUCCUGCCAAGAAAGGUGGAGCUAUUUAUUCAUCUGAUGAAGAAGGAUCAGACAUUGAAAACAGUAGGACUAAGAAACAUAGCAAGCAGGCGUUGAAAGAUUCUGAUGAAGAAAGUGAGAGUGAAUAGAGUUGUUCAGAGCUAGAGAUGUGUAUAGCUGACAACAUUGGAAAUAUGUUUGUAAUGACCAAAAAUGCUUUACAGUAUUGGGACUUGGUAUUCCUGGA